AUGGCUGCUCACAGCAUUGUGAAUCUCUCCCCGUCACCAACCACUUCUCCAACCUUUCUCGGCAACGGAGGUGCGCCCAUCCCCGCCGCUAUGUUUAAUCCCGGACACGCUUCGUCCGACGAUGGAGGAACCGAUCCGAAACGCAGGAGGAUUGCGAGAGCUUGUGAUAUGUGUAGGAAGAAAAAAAUCAAAUGUGAUGGUAAACUACCGUCGUGUACACAUUGUGUGAACUACAAAACAGAAUGUGUCUUUACCUUGGUUGAGAAGAAAAGAAAUCCCCCCAAAGGUGCAAAAUAUAUUGAAGGAUUAGAAAAUCGGCUCGGAAGGAUGGAGUCUCUCCUCAAGUUGUCCGGUUUGUUACCAGAGGGUGAUGGGAAGACGGAUCUGGGGGAUUUGGAACGCCGUUUACAAGAUCAGGUACAGCAACAACAGGCUGCUAGCCAGAACGGAUCUGUAUGUACACCCACUGUUGGAAGGUCGUCGUCAGAAUCAAUGCGGGAGACUCCGACCUCGUCCUCGAUGCACUCAGUUACAAAUUCCCCCGCAAUCUCUAAAGAGGAGGAUGAAGUGGAAGCCUUGUCGGAUCAGAUGUGUUCUUUAGUCACGAAUAAUUGUGGAGAGACACGAUUCAUUGGUUCCUCAUCGGGAUUUUCGAUAUUUUCACCAAAGGGAAUUCAAUGGGUAAAUGAAAAAACAGGUGACAAGAGUUUCCAGCAAAUGAUCAUGGAGGCCACGUCGGCAGACUCAAAAUGGUCUAUGUGGAAGCAGGAUAUAUUCGGCCCUCUGUUUGAACACCGAGGGGAGAAUGAGCUGCCAACCAAAGAGGCUCUUUACUUGCAGGGGACUGCCAAUCCACAGCCUUCCUAUUUCCUCAUUGCUGCAGCAGUGCGGAUAUCGAAUAGCAUUGGCAUGCAUCGAAGAGGUAACUCAUUUGGAUUGAAUUCCGUCGAGGUCGAACAACGACGACGGGUUUUUUGGAUCAUGUAUCUCCUUGAUAAAGACAUGGCACUCCGCUCUGGACGUCCACCGUGUAUCAAUGACGAUGACAUCUCCGUUGAAUUACCCGACGAAGACCCCGCCGAUGAUAUUGGCAACAUCAUGCUCAAGAACGGCAAAGACAAGUGUAACCUCUUUAGACUUAUGGCCACAUUUUCGGUCAUUGAGAGCAAAGUCUAUAUGCAGCUCUAUUCCGCCAAGGCUGCUAGGCAGUCUGAUGGAGAGUUACUGAAUACCAUCGGAGAUCUUGACAAAGAGCUUGAGGAAUGGAAGGAGUCUGUGCCACUGGAGUAUAGACCGGAUAGCGAAAUUGAUCUUAACCAGGGACCGUUGGUGCUUCAUCUAGUCAUGUUACACUUUGCGUACUACAACUGUCUCACAACAAUUCAUCGCAUGUCGAUACAUCAUGGCUACUGGUCCAGCAGGCUUUCAAAUUACGCCAUAGCUGGCCUGAGUGCACGACCACUCAAUCCACGUGUCUUCUCGAGUGCAGCGCUCUGUGUGGCUGCGGCUAGGUCGUCGAUCCACUUGAUUAAGUAUAUUAACAGACGGGAUUAUCCUUGCAUAUGGAUGUUAUGCAGGUUGAUCAUGUACUAUCCCGUAUCGGCACUCGUAACCCUCUUCGCCAAUGUUCUUCAGAACCCACAGGAUGUUCGCGCAAGGAGUGAUCUGAGACUUAUGAAUGUGGUCGUGGAGUUUUUACAGACUGUGCAAAAGGAGGAUGAUAGCAACAAGCAAGACACUGCAUCCGUACAGCGGAUGCUUGCAGUCUGCGGCGAAUUCCAUCGAAUUGCCAAACUAGUGUUAGACAAGGCGGAGAAUGAGAAUGUCAGUAGGAGGAAGAGGAAGAAUGAGGACUCCAGGCAUAGUGUCUCGUACCCACACAAGCACGAUGCAUCGAGUUCCCCUAGAACAAAUAUACCACAGACUACAUCACCAAGGACCGAGACUGCGUCGCCCCCUACUAGUGUAUUGAAUCCAGAGAUAAAUUCUCAGCUCUUUGGAGAUUAUCCAACCGCCUUUUCCCCUUCUAACCCUCUCUCAUGGCUCAACGAGAUGAAUACCCCCGCAUCAACCUUUCCCGUUUCUCCAAAUGCGGGUCAUGUAGGUUUAGAUACACAAGGCCUGCCGCAAAUGUCAGGUAACUCGUUCCAACAGCCGUUCGUACCGCAGGAUUUGUGGCAGAUGCCGAUGACGUUUGAGUGGGACUGGGCGGACGUGAAUACUCAAGUCCCUUGGGGACAUGAUGGUACUAGCGGAUUGUAG